GCCGGCGCCCCGAGCCCCGGCCUCCCGCGCCAUGGCCCCUAUGGGCAUCCGCCUGUCCCCGCUGGGGGUGGCCGUGUUCUGCCUGCUGGGGCUCGGCGUGCUCUACCACCUGUACUCGGGCUUUCUGGCCGGCCGCUUCAGCCUCUUCGGCCUCGGCGGCGAGCCAGGCGGCGGCGGGGCGGCGGGGCCCGCAGCCGCGGCCGAUGGGGGCACGGUGGACCUCCGCGAGAUGCUGGCCGUGUCGGUGUUGGCCGCUGUUCGCGGCGGCGACGAAGUGAGGCGCGUCCGCGAGAGCAACGUCCUCCACGAGAAGUCCAAGGGGAAGACGCGCGAGGGAGCCGAGGACAAGAUGACCAGCGGGGACGUGCUGUCCAACCGCAAGAUGUUCUACCUGCUCAAGACCGCCUUCCCUAACGUGCAGGGGAAGGAACAUUGGCUUCAUAUGGUGAGCUGCUGGCAAUCAGCUGUAAUUGACAGGAGAAUUCUCAAACAAAACACCAAACAUUUAUUUUUCUUUUGCCCUACCCUACUUUAUCAUCACAAAUAAUACUUACCUUGUAUUUGCAUAGAUGUUAAGAUGUGCUUCUAAAGUAUUUUCUUUCUCCAAAACACGUGUUCUUUUCAGAGUUUGUGAAAGAAACAGGAGUUUCAGAGAAGCUGAUGGAGAAUAGUUAAAACAGUAGAAAAAAAUCUUUUUUUUUUUUUAAAGAUUUUAUUUAUUUA